AUGGUGAUAAAUUAUAUUGUAUUAUUUGCAUCUAUAUCAUUUAUUCGAUCACAACUUACCAUUCAAGAACUAGAAGAAGAUAAUGCUCAAGAAAUAGCUAAUCGAAGUUACGUUGAGGAGCAAAAUGAAUUACAACGUACAAUAUUAAGUAAAUAUAAUAAACGUGUACGACCUAUUCUGAAUAUAUCAGAGCCAUUAGACGUAGCCGUUCACGUAUACAUUAUGCAUAUAUCUGUUAAUCAAUUGGAACAAACAAUUACACUUAAUGGACAUAUUUAUAUGACAUGGAAAGAUGAAUAUGCUGUUUGGGAGCCAAGUGAACAUAAUGGUGUACGAAUAACAAUGGUUAAACAAUGGGAAAUUUGGACUCCAGAAUUGAAAAUUACAAAUAGUGUCUCUGGUGUUGGACAAUUUUUUGAAAUUUCAAAACGAUCACAUGUUAUCAUUCAUUCUAAUGGAAAAGCUUGGAGUCGAAUUGAAAUUUAUCCAACAUUUUCCAUUAAAAUUGGUUGUAAAUUUGAUUAUUCGGCAUAUCCGUAUGAUACACAAAAAUGUGCGCUUGGAAUUUACACAACAAAUCGAAUGAGUGAAGUUCAACUUUCUGUUUAUUACAAUAUGCAACCAACCGUAUUGCUUGGUUGGGGUAAUCAAUCAAAUAAAAGACAUGUAAGUGAUUGGAUGAUCGAUUCGGUGGUGAUGAAUGUUAGCUAUUUUAGUGGUGGAAAAUAUAAAAGUGAAAAGCCAACGGAUGCUGAAGAAUUAGAUGUUUCAUGGUCUAUCCUAUAUGCAUGGUUAACCUUACAUCGAAAUGCAUCAUCUUUUAUUUUAACAUUAUUGGUACCAAUAUUGGUAUCAUUUAUAUUUGUCAUUUGUUCAUUUUUGCUACCAGCACCCGAUUCAGCUAUUUAUAUUUUACUUGCUAAUUUAUUCUUUCUUGGUAUUUUCCUUGAAGAUUUUGCAGUAAUGAUACCACCUGCUAUUGGACAAUUACCCAAAAUUGUUUGGUUUAUUGGAAUUAAUUUAAUACUUACAAUGAUGGCAAUAUUUUUACAUCUAUGGUUACGGUAUUUAUUGAAACGAGAGGAUACCGUAGCAAAAUGGUACCUUUACGUAUUACACGCUAAGAAGAUUAUUCCAAAACGAUCACGUGCUGCGCUACUUGAUGAUACUACCACCGAUAAACAAAAUACUUCAUGGACGACAAUUGUGAAUUAUAUACGAAUGCUUUUAUUGAUUGUUUAUUUUUGCAUAUUUAUCAUUGCACUAAUCAUUGUACUUAUUUAA